AUUGUCACAUUGAUAUGACAGUGACAGAAAAGCAGACUACUUGUCGACGAUACUUGCAUUUUGCACAUGUGAUUAUUCAUAGAAAAUAAUUAAUAAUUGUGAAUAAAAAAUGGAUGCGUACGACAUAUUCAAGAAAUUAACUAAAGGUUUGACCUUUAAACAUCGUGUGUUGGGCGUUAAAGAUACCGUAAAGGAUGUUAAGCUUCAGACAGUUAAAAAGGAAGAGGCUAAAGAGAUUAAAAAGGAGGAGUUAAGUGAAGAAGAAGAAGAAAAUGAUAAUGAAGUUUCUGAUGGUUCAAAAUCUUCUGAUGAGGAAGCAAACAGUGUGAGUGAGGGGGAAGAAGCUCUCCAACUUGUGGAAGGAGUUACAGUGGGGAAUAAAAAGAAAAGAAAGAAAAAGGAAAAGACAGAGGACUUACAAAAGAAAUUAGAACUUGCAGAGCAAAACCAUUUUCGCAAUGAACAUGGCAUCAAAGCAAUUGGUAGGCACAUACCACCGGCCCUGAAAGACUUCUCUGAGCUGAUACCCAGGUACAGUGUGCCGCAGUCACUGGUGGAUAUAGUUACGCAGUGUGGUUACUCUGAGCCUACGCCUGUGCAAAGGCAAGCUGUGCCCUGUAUGCUGGAAGAAAGACAGAUCUUAGCAUGUGCCCCAACUGGUUCCGGAAAGACUGCUGCAUUCCUGCUUCCCGUCCUCCACAGCCUCGGUGCCCCUCACGGCGGGCCCAGGGCCCUGGUGCUCUGCCCUACAAGAGAGCUAGCACAACAGAUAUACAGAGAGGCAUUGAGAUUGAGUGCUUCGACCCAGUUGAGGUGUAGUGUGGUCCGGAAUAUGAAGGAGAGCAAGAUACAGGAGAGGGAAUCUACUAUUAGAAAGAGUGAUAUUGUAAUAACCACCCCGAAUCGCCUGUGUUACCUGUUAAACAGAGACAGUGUCAACAUUACACUGGAAAAAGUCCGAUGGCUGAUCAUAGACGAAGCAGACAAGAUGUUCGAAGGCUCCACAGAACAGGUCUCGGACUUCAGACAGCAACUGGACCAGAUCUUCUCAGCGUGCGGCAGCAAGCAGAGGAGGGUGGCGAUGUUCAGCGCAACACACACACCCGCUGUGGCCAAAUGGUGUAGGAGAAAUCUGAGAGGCCUUAUAAAUGUUACCGUUGGACAAAGAAACGCAGCCACAAACCUCGUAGACCAGGAGCUCCUAUUCUGCGGGGAUGAAAGCGGCAAACUACUAGCGUUCAGACAACUGGUGCAGAAGGGGUUAAAACCGCCUGUAUUAGUGUUUGUACAAAGCAAAGACAGGGCGAAACAGCUGUUCAAAGAGCUCAUAUACGACGGGAUCAACGUGGAUGUUAUCCACGCCGACCGCACGCAGCAACAGCGAGACAACGUGGUCCGCAGCUUCCGCGUGGGUCGCAUCUGGGUUCUUAUCUGUACAGAGCUCAUGGGGCGAGGUAUCGACUUCCGGGGGGUCAAUUUGGUUAUCAACUAUGACUUUCCACCUUCGGCCAUCGCUUAUAUUCACAGGGUGGGCCGCGCGGGCCGCGCGGGGCAGCGAGGUCGGGCCAUAACUUUCUUCACACAAGAUGACGUCGGCAAUCUCAGAAGCAUAGCAUCGGUGAUGAAGCAGUCCGGCUGUGAGGUCCCAGAGUACACGUUGCAAAUGAAGCAGAAUCCGAACAAGAGGAAGCGAUUGGCUAAAAAGGCGCCCCGACGAGACAAGAUAUCAACACUAUUGGAGAAACCAGUCAAGAGAAAACUAGAAGAUGGAAAUGAAGCCGGCAACGCAGGCAAAACCAAAUCCACAGAUUCCGUACAAACUGGGAAACAUAUGAAAUUAAGAAAAAUACAAAAUGGCGGCCUCAGACCCAAAGACAAUAAAAAAAGUAAAAACAAAGAAAACAAGAAUAAAAAAAUAGUGAAAAAUGCAGAUUUUAAGAAAGGAAAGGGAGAUAAAGUGAAAAAGAAAAAAGCGUUUGUUAGUAAAAAGGUUAAGAAAUAAUUUAAAGUAAUAAUUUUCAAUAUAGGAUUGAUUAAAUAUUU